CAUAACCAUUUCAUGAAAAUGAAAAAAGCUAAUUUCUUUGUCCCAUUCUUCUUCUUUGGAGCAAUAUUUUUGAGAGUUGCUAGCGCAGGAGACCAAAACGCCUUAGCCGCAUCAUUUGUCUUUGGUGAUUCACUUGUAGACGCAGGAAACAAUAAUUACUUUCAAACGUUGUCUAGAGCCAACAGUCCUCCUAAUGGCAUCGAUUUCAAACCAUCUCGUGGAAAUCCAACCGGCCGGUUUACCAAUGGCCGUACCAUAGCCGACAUCGUUGGAGAAAAGUUAGGGCAGCCAAGUUAUGCAGUUCCAUAUUUAGCACCAAAUGCAAGUGGUGAAGCAAUAUUAAAUGGUGUGAACUAUGCAUCAGGUGCUGGUGGAAUUCUCAAUGCUACAGGAAGUGUAUUUGGGAAUCGAUUAGGAAUGGACAUACAAGUUGAUUACUUUACCAAUACAAGGAAGCAGUUUGAUAAGCUUUUAGGUGAAGACAAGGCUAGAGAUUACAUAAGAAAAUCCUUAUUCUCCAUAGUCAUCGGUUCAAACGAUUUUCUCAACAACUAUCUAGUCCCAUUUGUCGCUGCUCAAGCAAGGCUAACACAAACUCCUGAAGCUUUUGUUGAUGACAUGAUUAGCCACCUCCGCAACCAGCUCAAGAGAUUAUAUGAUUUGGAUGCUCGGAAAUUUGUGGUGGGAAAUGUGGCUCCGAUCGGAUGUAUACCGUACCAGAACUCGAUCAACCAACUGAAAGAUAAGCAGUGUGUUGCUUUGGCAAACAAACUGGCUCUUCAGUACAAUGCUCGUCUCAAAGAUCUCUUGAUGGUGGAACUGAAAGACAGUCUCAAAGACGCACACAUCGUCCAUGCCAACGUUUAUGAUGUAUUCAUGGACCUCAUUGUCAACUUCAAAGACUACGGGUUUAGGACGGCGAGUGAGGCGUGCUGUGAGACGAAAGGGAGACUGGCGGGGAUAUUGCCAUGUGGACCAAUGUCGAGCCUGUGUACGGACCGGUCAAACCAUGUCUUCUGGGACGCGUACCAUCCCACCGAAGCCGCUAAUCUCCUCAUUGCUGACAAAUUACUUUACGGUGACUCCAAAUUCGUUACUCCCUUUAACCUCCUCCACCUUCGUGACCUUUGAGCUGAUUUUUCUUACUUUUGUGUUUUAAUAAGAACAAAAAAAAACUGUAAUUUCUAUUCCGACUUUUGUGAGAUUCUUUCCUUAUUUUUUGUAAUUUUUUUAUUUGCUUAUAAAUGGUUAUAGCUACCUAUAAAAACAUUUGUUCAUCUUUUCA